AGACCAUCAUUUGGGACAUUCUUCGCUCUCUUGCUGGAGGAUGCGGCCACAAUGCGGGUGCUUCACACCAAUUCCCCGGGGUAAGCUCUUGCCAUUCACGUCACACAAUUGGAAAGCAGUUGGCGUCUGUGUUGUAGGAAGUCGAGCGCCGCAUCGCCUGAGGGAGGGGGAGCACCUAAGGACAUGCCAAUCGAGGAGGGGGAGCACCUGAGGGAGAUGUACAGGGAGCAACUGAGGCGCCAGCAAGGGGUAUGCAAGUGACACCCAUCAACACAGACAGCACUUUGUCACUUGUUCUUUGUUUCCUUCAGCCUUUAAUUGCGCAGUGGCGGGCAAAGAUAGAGGCCCUCGCGGUCGAGGCCGCCGCCAUCCAGCAGAGGGCGCUGCUGGUAUGUGAAUGUUGAUCUGUACUAAGAGUUUGAGGCACAACAUGCCACAUGUUUGGCUUUGCCUCCCCAGAGCGACCAGGCCGUUCUGAUUGGCGAGUUGGUGGCGAUGCGGGCGAAGGUGGAGGCGCUCAAGGCGGUGGAGCAGCACACGGCGGCCGACCGGGAGGCCGAGCUGCUGGCCGACAGAGCGGCGCGCCAGCAGGAGGCCCCUGAUGCUGCUGCGAGCGACCCCCGAGGAGCCGGCCCCAAGAUCACCACCACCAGCGCCCCCAGAUCAAAGCAGCUGCAGCAGAGGUUGUUGGUGAGAGAGAGAGUGGCGCCCACACCAGGACCGCCCCAGUAUGACCCCAACAUGAGGGCCUGCCUGCCCACAUCCACCACUACUGCGGACCUGGCCCUGUCUGCGUCUCUCUACCGCUCCCGUCUCGUCGCAUCACCCACCGCCCGGCCCAUGGUGCCCCUCUCACUCCCUGCAGACCAGCGGACCACCGGCGGAUGGUCUGCCGCCCAGAGAGACUCGCAUGCCCGGUCCCCCACCCACAGCAGCACCGAUCCCCUCCCCUGCCUUCGUUCCCGCACCUCUCCAGCACAUUCGCGCUCCCCUCGCCCAGCACGCCGAUGUGUUCAAGGCCGGUAUGGCCCUGGAGGUGCCUGGCCCGCACCCCAACACGGCUGAGGCGGCCAGAGGCGGGUGGGUAGAGGGGUAGGUGUUUGACGGCUCGCGGGGGGAGCACACCUACUGGGAGUACGACUGGGGCAGCGGCGUGUGACUGGUCCGAUCCGAGUCCCAGGACGCAAACAUGAGCCUUCGACGCCUGUACGUGCCACAGCCACAUGCGGCCCUGCCGGGAGUGUACGUCCCCACUCUACUACCCAGACAUGCAGCGCCACCUGCCCGAUACUGCCCGACGCCAUGACAGCCUGAUGGUCACGUCCUUGGGGGGCGUUAAAUUACAUCGCUGCCUACAUUUUAUAUCCCUAGUGCUGGUUGUCGCGAUGUUUGCAUUCGUUGACACCAAAGACUUGCUCACAGACAUUGAACACGUUCUCACGUGAAUCGGACUUAUUCUCAAGUAUCGGUUUUGUGUCAACCAAUCAGACUUUGCUUGCCUAAUGGACACGCCAAUCGAUUGAAUGCACCAUGUGUGUGUCUCUCUUUCCAUCCAUCUAAACAACCAACCGUCUCCCUGAUACACAU